UGAGAAACACAUCGCACCUUGUCUUGCACACAGAACAGGGAGCGAUAUCUUCUGUUUUAUAUACACCGAAAAAGAAAAAAAACUAACAUUUACAUUGGAGAAUUUCUUAAGCAUGAACCGUUUUGUACUGAAUCUUAAUUGGUUGUUGGCUCCAUUUUUAUUUUUUUAAAUUUUUUAAAAAUCUAUUGGGACUUGAUCUAUUGGAGAUCCGCAUACGCAAUUUUAUCGCUCCCAUAUCGUCUGCUCAUUCGACACCGAGGCAGUGAUUUUUUUAUUUUUAUUAAUUUUUUGAAUCAGAUGGAAGCCUGAAUCGAUGUGGAUGAAAUCAACCAGAUUCAUCGGUGAGGUUAUCCUCUCAAGGGGCGCACAAUGGUCCAUUUCUCAAGAUUAUGGAUCAAUAUGUCAAAACGGAUGUGAAUUGAAGGUUUGUGAACACUGAGGGCCCUAUUCGGGCCUGCAUGUUAACUUUGCAAAGUGUACUUUUUGUCUACUUUUGAUUAGUGCUGACUUUAGGCCUACACAAUGACUUUUAACUAGACUUAAAAGACCCUGACAUUAAUGACCCUGUAUACCUCUAAUGGACUAUCUGCUGUACAGCACUACACAUGGCUGCAAUUUAUAGAUACUUUGAUGACUUGGCCCCACUGUAGCACAUCUGGAUCUCACUGAAGAUUUUUUUAAGCUAAACAGUAGCCUUAUUUUUUAUUUUAGUAGACCAGUAUUUGGGCCUUAGCGACACCCUUUAUUGUUCUGAUUUGUAUAUUUAGAUUUUGAAAAAGAGUUGGCCGAAACACAGGCCUUCUCCCUUUCUCAGUGAACAAUGAGUAAAUUACCUCAAAUGCAUAGCAGUCCUGUAUGUUAUAGGGAGCUCUGUUACACUUUAGGAGCACAUCACUAAGAGAGCUGAAUCAUUUUAGUUUUCGAUUAGUUCUAUUGUUAGUUCUAACUUCCUUUACCAUUCACAAUGAGCUUCUCAAUGCGGAACGGCGCACAUCUAAUCUGGAUAGGCUUACUGGUUUGUUGCCUUGUCGACAUGGGGGCCAGUAUGGAGUUCACCGGCGCAGAAGGCCAGUGGGCACGGUUUCCUAUGUGGAACGCCUGCUGUGAAAGCGAAAUGAGUUUCAACAUGAAGACCAAAAGCGCUCAUGGACUUUUAGUUUACUUUGACGACGAGGGAUUCUGUGACUUCUUGGAACUGCUCAUCCACAACGGUAGACUCAGUUUGCGGUUCUCCAUCUUCUGCGCCGAGCCGGCGACGGUGCUGUCCGAUACCGCCGUCAAUGACAGCCGCUGGCACGCCGUGACCUUGCGCAGGAAUUUCAAAAACACUAUGUUAGUUGUGGACGAAGAGAUCAAGUGGGUGGAGGUUAAGUCGAAAAGGAGGGACAUGACGGUCUUCAGUCAUUUAUUCUUAGGAGGGUUACCUCCUGAACUGCGAUCUGUAGCAUUACGCCUCACGUCUUCAGCCAUCAAAGAUCAGGUCCCCUACAAAGGAUGGAUAACCAAUCUGAGGGUGAACAGUUCCGAGCCGCCGCUUAUCGGUAGCGAGGGAGUCAACAACGACAUUUGCGAAGCUGACCACAUUUGCCUGAACGGAGGAGUCUGCAGCAUCGUCAACGACGAGCCCAUUUGCGACUGCUCCAAAACGGGAUUCCAGGGAAAAGACUGCAGUGAAGAAGAGGCCUAUGUAGGAGGUCUUGCGCACCUGAUGAUGGGCGACCAAGGGAAAAGGAAAGAGAGAGAAGAGUACGUGGCCACCUUCAAGGGUUCAGAGUAUUUCUGUUACGACCUGUCCCCGAACCCCAUUCAGAGCAGUAGCGAUGAGAUUACGCUGUCCUUCAAGACCCUGCAGCGCAAUGGAUUGAUGCUCCACACCGGAAAAUCUGCAGACUACGUCAACUUGGCGCUGAAGAAUGGUGCCGUCUCGCUGGUCAUCAACCUGGGCUCUGGGGCCUUCGAGGCCCUGGUGGAGCCCGUCAAUGGAAAAUUUAAUGACAAUGCCUGGCAUGAUGUGAAGGUUACCAGGAACCUUCGUCAGCACUCAGGCAUUGGACACGCUAUGGUAAACAAACUACAUUGUUCGGUUACAAUAUCUGUGGAUGGAAUUCUGACCACCACUGGAUAUACACAAGAGGACUACACCAUGCUAGGCUCGGAUGACUUUUUCUAUGUCGGGGGUAGUCCCAGCACUGCCGAUCUGCCCGGAUCCCCCGUUAGCAACAACUUUAUGGGCUGUCUGAAAGAGGUUGUGUACAAGAACAAUGAUGUAAGGCUCGAGCUGUCUCGACUGGCCAAGCUAGGCGACCCCAAAAUGAAGGUGAGCGGUGUGGUGGCCUUCAAAUGUGAGAACGUGGCUACCCUAGAUCCUGUCACCUUCGAGACGCCAGAGUCAUUCAUUACCCUUGACAAGUGGUCCGCCAAAAAAGCCGGUUCCAUCUCCUUCGACUUCCGCACCACUGAGCCCAACGGGCUUCUUCUCUUCAGCCACGGAAAACCCAAACCGCAGCAGCAGAAAGACCCCAAGAGCCCCAAAACCUUAAAGGUGGAUUUCUUCGCCAUUGAGAUGCUGGACGGCCACCUGUACCUUCUACUCGACAUGGGCUCGGGCACCACCAAAACCCGUGCUGUCAACAAAAAAGUCAACGAUGGGGAAUGGUACCAUGUGGACUUCCAGAGAGAUGGAAGAUCAGGCACCAUUUCCAUCAACUCGAUCCGUACUCCCUACAACGCUCCCGGUGAGAGUGAGAUCCUGGACUUGGACGACAUACUCUACUUGGGCGGCCUGCCAGAGGACCGUGCCGGUCUGAUCUUCCCUACGGAGGUCUGGACUGCGCUCCUAAACUACGGAUAUGUGGGCUGUGUGCGAGAUCUGUUCAUGGACGGCCAGAGCAAGGACAUCCGGCGUAUAGCGGAGGCCCAGAGAGCUGUCGGGGUGAAGCCAUCCUGCUCUAAGGAACCUCCCAAACAGUGUCUAAGCAACCCCUGCCUGAACAGCGGCACCUGCAGAGAGGGCUGGAACCGAUAUGUAUGUGACUGCUCAGGGACGGGCUAUCUGGGACGCUCCUGUGAGAGAGAUGCCACCAUCCUCAGUUAUGAUGGCAGUAAGUUCAUGAAGAUCCAGUUGCCAGUAGUGAUGCACACAGAAGCAGAAGACGUGUCUUUGCGCUUCCGUUCCCAGCGUGCCUAUGGUGUUCUCAUGGCAACCACCUCCCGGAACUCAGCAGACACUCUGAGACUGGAGCUGGACGGAGGGCGUGUCCGACUCACUGUCAAUCUAGACUGUAUCAGGAUAAACUGUACUACCAGUAAAGGUCCAGAGACCAUAUUUGCGGGCCAGAACUUGAAUGACAAUGAAUGGCACACAGUUCGUGUCAUCAGAAGAGGCAAAAGUCUGAAGCUAAUGGUGGAUGACCUGCAGCCCUCUGAAGGUCAAAUCACGGGAGACCACACGCAGCUGGAGUUCCACAAUGUGGAAACGGGCAUCGUUACCGAGAAGCGUUAUAUGCCCGCUGUGCCCUCCAACUUCAUUGGACACCUGCAGGGCUUGUCCUUCAAUGGCAUGUCCUACAUUGACCUGUGCAAGAACGGCGACAUCGACUACUGCGAAUUGAAUGCCAUGAUUGGCUACAGGAGCAUCGUGGCAGACCCGGUGACCUUCAAGUCUCGCUCUAGCUAUGUGACCUUGCCCACCCUCCAGGCCUACUACUCCAUGCACCUGUUCUUCCAAUUUAAGACCACUUCACCAGAUGGACUCAUCGUGUACAACCGAGGAGAUGGCAAUGACUUCAUAGUAGUAGAGCUGGUUAAAGGAUAUCUCCAUUAUGUGUCAGACCUUGGAAAUGGAGCUCAUCUCAUCAAAGGGAAUUCCAACACACCACUGAAUGACAAUCACUGGCACAAUGUGAUGAUCUCACGAGAUACAAACAACCUCCAUAUGGUCAAAAUAGACACCAAAAUCACCACACAGACUACCAUGGGAGCCAAGAACCUGGAUCUGAAAGGUGAUUUGUAUGUCGGAGGUGUGGCCAAAGAGAUGUAUAAGGACUUGCCAAAGCUGGUGCAUUCUAAAGAGGGCUUCCAAGGCUGCUUGGCUUCUGUAGACCUGAACGGCCGUUUGCCAGACCUGCUUUCAGACGCACUGUCCAACGCCGGCCAGGUGGAGAGAGGAUGCGAAGGUGAGGAAAAUGUUGCAUUGCUGAAAGCUGACUUGCAAGGUCCCAGCACUACCUGUCAAGAGGAUUCCUGCUCCAAUCAGGGCGUGUGUCUGCAGCAGUGGGAGGGGUUCAGUUGCGACUGCAGCAUGACAUCAUUUGGAGGGCCGCUCUGCAAUGACCCGGGAACCACAUACAUAUUUGGACGUGAUGGAGGGCUCAUUGUGUACACAUGGCCGCCCAACGACAGACCGAGCACACGAGCUGACCGACUGGCAGUCGGCUUUAGCACCCAGCAGAAGGAUGCAGUGCUGGUUAGGGUGGACAGCUCUUCUGGCCUGGGAGACUACCUGCAGCUUCAGAUUGAAAAAGGAAAUAUCAAAGUGGUGUUCAAUGUGGGCACCGAUGACAUAAACAUUGAAGAAACCUCUAAGUUUGUAAAUGAUGGAAAGUACCACAUAGUUCGCUUUACGAGAAGUGGUGGUAACGCCACCUUGCAGGUGGAUGAUCUGCCAGUCAUUGAGCGCUACCCAACAGGCAACAUUGAUAACGAACGCCUGGCGAUUGCUAGACAGCGAAUCCCAUAUCGGCUUGGUCGAGUAGUUGACGAAUGGCUACUCGACAAAGGUCGGCAGCUCACCAUCUUCAACAGUCAGACCACCAUAAAGAUUGGAGGCUGGGAGAAGGGCAGCCGGCCCUUCCAGGGCCAACUCUCAGGGCUUUACUACAAUGGCCUAAAAGUGCUCAACAUGGCUGCCGAGGGCGACCCCAACGUACGUGUGGAGGGUAGUGCCCGGCUGGUGGGAGAUAUGCCCUCCUCGUCUAUUACGCCUCAGUCCAGCGCCUCCGCCACAGGCAACCGCUCAGAAACGUCACCCUCCAUCACCGACAUCACCACUACAACCGCAUCCAACCGCCAGGGCAAGCAGACGACAACUCCACAGGAUGAUCUUCUGGUAGCGUCGGCAGAAUGUCCCAGCGACGAUGAGGACAUUGACCCUUGCGACCCAAGUUCAGGUGGGUUAGCUCACCCUCCACUGCCUGAGGCCAAGGGUUACCCCAGCCCGGAAGUGAUUCGGGAGUCCAGCAGCACCACGGGCAUGGUCGUAGGCAUCGUCGCGGCAGCCGCCCUUUGCAUCCUAAUCUUACUCUACGCCAUGUACAAAUACAGAAAUCGCGAUGAGGGCUCGUACCACGUGGAUGAGAGCCGUAACUACAUUAGUAAUUCCGCCACGCAGCCCAACGGAGCCGCCGUCAAAGAAAAGCCCAUUGGCGUGCCCAAAAAUAAAAAAGAUAAAAAGAACAAGGACAAGGAGUACUACGUCUGAUCUCACAGACUUUCUCCCCGCCCCUUACAACCCAACCACAGAUCUUGUGCUCUGAACUCACACACAAAAGGGGAGGGGAGAUCCACCCAUGUAUAGUAAUUGAGAAAAAAAAUAGAAAAAGACAAAACUGUCUUAGAUUGACCUAAGACACAAUAUACUGUUACUAACAACAAGAAAACAAUUUAUAACCAAGCACACCAGAACUUUACUAAGCUGAAAAGUGUGUACAAAAUGAAACAGAACUGCUCAAGAAGAAUCCAUGUAGUCACUACAGUUGUGGAUCACUGAGAGACAAGGCCGUUGGUUAGAAUUAAGUGUAUUUCAUAUUAUGUUGCCUGUAUAUGUGUUGCCGGAACAUUUUCCCUCUAAAGCCAGAUAAACCAUCUGCAACAAUCCAAACAGACAUUCACCGAUGGGACAGACGGAAAAGGAAUGAAGGACUUAAAAAUGAGAUGCUACCUAUGAUUGUUAAAUCAGCCAAAGUAUUUGACUCCCUUUUCUGAUGGUAUUGCGUGUUUGGAUGAGAAAGGACCGCUCCUUGUAGGAUCCGAACUGAUUUCCAUUCGGUGGACAGAACCCUUGGUGUCAAAGAGAAUUGUGGAGGCCUUAAAUAUCAAUCCAAGUGUAAAGGUUGAUGGAUUUUCUUUCUGUUUGUAUGUUUGUCAAAACGAUGACAGCUGACAACAAGGAAUACCGGGGCCAUUCGGAAUAGAUUGAGGAAAAUCUCCAUGCACGUAAAGUAUCUUAUUACAUGUUUAUAUACGGUGCAAAGACUAUCUGUGUGCUCUCUGGACUGUGGCUGAAGUGGUGUUUUAUAGCCUGUUAUAUAGAUGAUGCCAACUACAGUAUACCUGCUCUUCAAACCUUUUUUUUUUUUUUUCAGAAAAAACCAAGGCGAAAAUAAAUGAAAAACAGAAAAUUAAAUGUUAAUGUGUUGCUAUAGCGAUAGAACCUUUUCUGCCAUUAGCUAUACAGAUUUUAUUUUCCCUCCUUUAUGUGCAUCUCCAACAUCUGUUCUUUUUUUUGACAUACUCCUUCCUUUUUGUUUAUUUCUUUGUUUUAAUUUUUCUUUUUUUCUUUGUAUUUGCUGUUGUGUCAACAUUAAAAGACGAGUAUGAGUAUAGGUUUUGGAAAGCAAACAGACAUGUGGAAAAUACGUUUUUGGACUGUUUAAGCAAUAUCCUCUUGCUUGUCUUAGUGACCAAACAAAUUAUGCAUGGUAUUUAGGACUCCGAGUCUACCGAGAGACAAUAUCAUAAUCUCAAAAAGUAACAAAUGAAUUCAGCCCCCCAAAACUUGAGUAUUGGAUUAGCUAAAAAGCACAAAGAUAGCAAAAACAACCCUUCAAAAGUGUUUGCAAACAUUCUUCUCUCUGCUAUCUUGUACUGUGUGGAAUGUACAAGAGGUAUAAAAUAUGACAUUCUGAAUAAAAUGUUGCUUUUUGUUUUUGUGUUUUUUUUUAUUUGU